AUGCCUACCCCGAGCUGCGCACCCGAGAAGCCGAAGCUCAAUGGCAGUGCCGAAAGGCCGACGCCUAGCGGCGCGCCCGAUACGCGGAAACACAUCGGCAGCGCCGGGAGGCCUACCCCGAGCUGCGCACCCGAGAAGCCGACGCUCAGUUGCAGUGCCGCAAGGCCGACGCCUAGCGGCGCGCCCGAUACGCGGAAACACAUCGGCAGCGCCGGCAUGCCUACCCCGAGCUGCGCACCCGAGAAGCCGACGCUCAAUGGCAGUGCCGAAAGGCCGACGCCUAGCGGCACGCCCGAUACGCGGAAACACAUCGGCAGCGCCGGGAGGCCUACCCCGAGCUGCGCACCCGAGAAGCCGACGCUCAAUUGCAGUGCCGAAAGGCCGACGCCUAGCGGCGCGCCCGAUACGCGGUAA